AUGACUAAAUCAAAUGAAGCUAAAGCGUCGCAAAGCCGCGAAGGGACGAGCCAUUCAAAGGAGGUGCAAGGAAGUGAGACUAGAGAAAAGAAGAGAGCUAGAGAGCAGAGCAUCUCAGAACUACCCUCGCGCAACCGUACCCAGAUUGACGAUCGAAGAGUCAAGUCUCGCGCUACUCCGCCGGAGACUGAGACUCGACGUUUGAACAACGAAGAAUAUAAACGCUAUGGGCGUCAAAUGAUUCUUCCGCAAGUGGGUUUGAAUGGCCAGCUGGCCCUCAAAGCAGCUCGUGUUCUGAUUGUCGGAGCUGGAGGCUUAGGAUGCCCCGCCGCUACAUACCUAGCACGAGCAGGAAUUGGAACCCUUGGGAUCAUUGACGGCGACUCGAUAGAAUUGUCGAAUAUUCAUAGACAAAUACUGUACGAUGCCGACGAAAUUGGAGAGAACAAGGCGGGCACGGCAGAGACAUCAUUGUCAAUGAUCAACGACAAUCUCAUUUUUCGGUCAUAUGAGUAUCAUUUGGAGGCUAAAAACGCCUUGAAAGUCAUUGGGGACCAAUACGAUCUUAUCCUUGACUGCACAGAUCAUCCAUCGUCUCGCUAUCUGAUUUCCGACCUUGCAGUAAUUGCUGGUGUACCAUUGAUAUCUGCUUCUGCCUUGAAAACUGAGGGGCAAUUGUUAGUCCUGAACAACCCACCAUGUAGACGCAACACUGUGGAUCAUCGAGGCUUCUGCUAUCGAUGUGUAUUCCCAAAGCCACCUCCUCCUGAAGCUCUCCAAACCUGUAGUGAGGGCGGCAUUCUGGGCCCUGUUGUUGGGACGAUGGGAACUCUGAUGGCCACUGAAGCCAUCAAACUCCUGACUCGAGAUGAACCGAUGAAGCUUGAGGAUUCUGCGAAGACCAUGCUUCUGUAUUCUGCCUAUAAUGACACCCCUUUCCGCAUGGUACGGCUCAAAGGCAAGCGUGCUGACUGUCCCACGUGCUCGUGGCCGCCUAAGAUUGAUAGGUCAACUUUGAAGAGUCGAAGCUUCGAUUACCAAAAGUUCUGUGGAGUCAAUAACGCUCGUGCCUCAGAGACUGAGAACAGAAUCCUACCUUCUAGCUGGACUCUCAAUCAUGACCUGUAUGCCAACAAAACAGGGACUCGACUCAUCGAUGUCCGCAAUCAAACCGAAUUCGACAUGUGCCAUAUACCUGGAUCCGUCAAUGUCCCUCUAUCAGACAUUCAGUCUAGUCCAGACAUCCUGAAGGAGCACGUAGAAGCAUGCCAAGAACUGCCACCAGCAGAGAAUGGCGAGAAAACGGAUCGGGUUGUCAACCCCAUGGUUUUCGUUUGUCGCUACGGCAACGAUUCUCAGGAAGCCGUGAAAAUAGCAGAGAAGUAUCGCCGGAGCCGUGCGGAUUUGAGAGAUGUCGUCAUUUUGGAUAUGACAGGCGGAUUAAAAGGUUGGAAAGAAGCAGUCGAUCCUGAAUUCCCAGAAUACUGA